ACACUGUAAUUAAUAAUUAAUCCUUACAUUAAUUUUUUUUAUUAUUUUCAUUCCGAUCAUUUAAUAACGAUUCAUUCCUUUGGAUACCGACAGGCGACAAUGGCGCUAUUGCUCUAGCAAUCAGAGUUGCAAAACUUGCAAUGGUAAAUUUGCAAUCAUCCCACACCCAAUUUCCUCUGAAAUUGUUGUGUUGCUUGUGUCAAUUUUACAAUUAAACCUACUUCUAAUUGUUUCAUUCCUUUUUUUCACCUAAAUUUUGUUGUUGUAAUCUAUAAUCCAUUUAAUAUUUCCCCAAUUUUGAUUCCCUCACAACUUUAGGGUUUUUUUUUUUUUUUCUUUUUUUUUUUUUUUUCUUAUUCUUUUCUCUAUCCUCACUCUCCCAUAUCUUCGUUUUUUUCCGAAGGUGUAAGGAGACUGGUUGCAAUUUUAUCAUUGUUUCAAUCCAGAGAGAUUCUGGCAAGAUCUACGGGAUUUGGGAUUUCAUCGAUUUAAAUCUGCGGUUUGACAUUUCCAAUUGCGAUUUGGCCCUUUUGGGUUCUUUCAAAUUGAUGUAUACCCAUAUUUUUAUUUCUGCCAAUUAUAUCACAUUUUGGUAUUGAAGAUCAAAUUUGAAGAUAUACCCACCUUGUUUUGUUCCAGUUUGGCGGUAUUUAGAGGUUUAGAUCGUGAACGUAAAUUUAUGAUAUUGAAUUAAAGGAAAAUAAAACCAAUUUCGAAGAUGGCGUCUGCUCAAGUUAUAUCCAAUCCAGCAGUUUCAUCUCGUAAAAAGAAGGAUUUGGAAGCUGGUAGAAGAAGGCUCGAAGAGUUUAGAAAGAAGAAAGCCGCGGCUAAAAAGGCAGUCUCAAGUAGCCAACUUAGUUUAGAGGAUACUACACCACAUGGUAAACAUACAUCAGAAAAUGAGAAAUCUUCAGUUCUUGAUUCUGCCAAUGCUCUUACUGAUGAUAACUCUAGUGCAGUCACUGGAGCUCCUGGUUUUUCUGACCAUAAUGACAAAUCACAUAAUUUUUCUCAUUAUAAUGGGUCUGAAUCUGUUCCUCGUGCACAUGUUGAUAGUAAGAGUGAUGAUUUGGGUUCAUCUGAUUUUCGUGAAAAGAUGCCACAACAAGCACUCAGCCAUGAGAUUCCAGACAUAAAGUACCAAACAGACUCCAACUUUUCUCUACAAACAGAGGACAGUUUUGGUUACCUUGGCACUGAUACUGGCAAAGGUAGAUAUGCAGAUGUAAUAUCAAGUAGAUCUAGUGCUUCUCAAGGUUACAGUAAAACUGAUUUUCACUUUAAACUAUAUGGAUUCGGAAAAGACAUUUCGAAUACAAAUGUGAGCACCAAUGAUGUUCCUGCAAAAGCCUAUGCCGAGGGACUUGUUACCAAUUUAUUACAUCAGGAGUCAGAUCCUGUGCAGUUGAGUAAUUUGCCUGUAUCUACUACAGAGCUCGAUCAUGGCCAUCUGGACUUGAAGAAUCAUUUUACAUUAGGGUCAGUAGAGAGAAAACCUAAUGUAGUGGGAGAUUUUGAAAAUCAAAAAAUAUCUGAACCACAUUCGGUAGGCUUCAACUCUAAUGUCGAUGGUUUGUUUAAUGGUCCAUCAUAUUCAGCUGCAGCUGAAUCAUAUCCCCAAAGAUCUCGUCCUUCGUUCCUUGAUAUUAUUAGAAUUAAAGACUCUUCUGUAUCUGGUCAUUCUUUUGUUGAUAAAGACAAGCUUACAAACUCGGAGUUUCCCAGUGGCAAUGUUGCUGCACCAUCUUCUUUACACAUUCCAUCUAUAGAAUCUUCACCUGUUGAUCUCCUUUCAGCUCCACUAUCUUCAAAUCCUAGUGAUGCUUUCAUUAGCAAUGUGUCAAAGGGACACUUAUCAUAUGGGCACAGCCUGGAAAGUAAGCUGGAAUUUACUUUACCAAAACAAAAUGAAGAUUUUGCAGCUUUGGAGCAGCACAUUGAAGAUUUGACACAAGAGAAGUUCUCUUUGCAACGCACAUUGGAGGCUUCUAAGGUUUUAGCAGAGUCGUUGGCUGCUGAGAAUUCUUCCUUGACAGAAAGCUACAAUCAGCAGGCAAGCUUAGUGAACCAGUUAAAGGAUGAGAUGGAAAGCUUGCAGGCUGAGAUCAAGUCCCGGUUGGUUGAGCUUGAGUCUAUCAAGGCUGAAUAUAUGAAUGCACAACUUGAGUGUAAUGCUGCUGAUGAGCGGGCAAAGCUUUUGGCUUCCGAAGUUAUUAGCUUGGAGGAAAAGGCCCUUAGGCUAAGAUCUAAUGAGUUGAAGUUGGAGAGGGAAUUGGAGAACUCAAGUGCUGAAAUUGCUUCCUACAAGAAGAAAAUGUCUAGCCUUGACAAAGAGCGUCAGGAUUUGCUGCAGACUAUUGAUGCAUUACAAGAAGAGAAAAAGUUGUUGCAGUCUAAAUUGCGAAGAGCUUCUGCUAGUGGAAUUCCAGUAAAUCUUAAUAAUGGACAUACAACGAAAGAUGCAUCUACUUCCACCAAUGAUUUAGGUCAUGAAUCUAUCGGAGAUAGCUUUGCACAUGCUUCAUCAAACUUGCAAAUGCCUGAUAAUAUGGACAAUUCGCUGCUUUUCCACAAUAGUUUUUCUGGUCAUGAAGAUUUUUCUAUGAGUAUUCCUCUGGAUCAAGUGCAAAUGAUUCAAAAUAUCAAUUCACUAAUUACUGAGAUAACAUCAGAAAAAGAAGAGUUGAUGCAAGCUUUGAUUGCUGAAGUCUCAACAAGUACCAAGCUGAAGGAAGUGAACAAAGAUUUAUCACAGAAACUUGAAAUUCAGACUCAGAGACUGGAGCUUUUGACUUCCCAAAACAUGGCGAGUGAAAAUAUUGCUACCAAGCAGGCAACUGGUUCUCAUAUUGUGCGUGAAAAAGUUGCAUAUGCUGAUGAAGGCGAUGAGGUGGUAGAACGAGUGCUUGGAUGGAUAAUGAAGCUAUUUCCAGGAGGACCGGCAAAACGAAGGACCAGCAGACUCUAAGUUUAGUGCAGAGCUUGAAUCAUUCAUUGGCCAUACAUACUUGAUAAUCAUAAUCAUAUUUUGAAGGAACAUAUUUAGUUGAUAAAAGAACUGUAUAUUGUGUGAUUCGAGGGAAAACGAAUUGAAAAGGAGCCACAAUUUCGUAGCCAACGAUAGGUUGUUUAGACAAUCCAAGUACCAUUUAUUUUGAAACUGGACAAUAAUCAAUUUCUUCUCUUUGUAUCUGUGCUUUCUACUGAAGGGAGUUUUAUUGACAAAUACGUGUGAAUGCCGAUCAUAUUGAAAUCUUUGUUCAUUUUUUUGUUUGAAAA